AUGACGGACGAAACACCGUCAUUGUUCCGAGCUGAUUCGGGCAGAAAGUUGUGCGAGGAUAGUGAAGACGCGGCUUUUGGCACGUUUACGCUAUGUGAUGGAGCCACUAUGUUAGGGCACACCAGCUGCCCACUGAAAGUCGCUGAAGACAUCUGGUUCGGAUGCUGUUUCUGCACCUAUGUCACCAGAGAUCAGCGUGUAAUUGUGAGCCACCUGGCUGCCCAUGGUGACGAACAAUCCAAGUGUCAGCAUCCUCCCAUGCCUGGCUUUAAGUCCCAAGUGCUCUGCAACACUCAAAAGCACAAGAGUGAAAAGCCAUAUAAGUGCAAGCUUUGCCCCCAAAACAUUGCUUAUAAUUCCCUCCUGACCUGUCAUAAUCAAACACACACUAGUGAAAAGCCAUUUAAAUGCAUGCAAUGCCCCAAAACCUUAACUCAGAGUAGGAGUCUGAUCUACCACAAUCAAGCACACACAGGUGAAAAGCCAUUGAAGUGCAAGCUUUGCCCCAAAGUGUUUGCUUAUAAUUCCCUUCUGAACUACCAUAAUCAUUUGCACACUGCUGAAAAGCCAUUUAAGUGCAUGCAGUGCCCCAAAGCCUUUGCUCUAAAUUCCCAUCUGCAAAUCCAUAAUCGAAUGCACACUGUUGAAAAGCCAUUUAAGAGCAAGCAGUGCCCCAAAGCCUUUGCUCAAAGCUCUCAUCUUGAAAGUCAUAAUCGAACGCACACUAGAGAAAAGCCAGUCAAGUGCAACCAGUGCCCCCAAACCUUUGCUAAGAGAAGCAAACUGAUCUACCACAACCGAACGCACACAGGUGAUAAGCCAUUUAAGUGCAAGCAGUGCUUCAAAGCCUUUGUUCAAAAUUCGGAUCUGCAAAGACAUAGUCAAAUGCACACAGGUGAUAAGCCAUUUAAGUGCAAGCUGUGCCCCCAAACCUUUGCUGAUAAUAGCAAACUGAUCUACCACAACCGAAUGCACACAGGUGAAAAGCCAUAUAAGUGUAAGCAGUGCCCCAAAGCCUUUGCUCAAAGUUUCUCUCUGAGAAAUCAUAAUCGAACACACACUGGUGAAAAGCCAUUUAAGUGCGAGCAGUGCCCCAAGCCUUUUCUCACAAGUCUUCUUUGCGAACACAUAAUCGAACGCACACAGGUGAAAAGCCAUAUAAGUGCAAGCAGUGCCCCCAAGCCUUUUCUCACAAGACUUCUAAGCCAUAGUCUAACACACACAGGUGAUAAGCCAUUUAAGUGCAAGCAGUGCUGCAAAGCCUUUGCUCGAAAUUUCUCCCUGAGAAUUCAUAAUCGAACACACACUGGUGAAAAGCCAUUCAAGUGCAAGCAGUGCCCCCAAGCUUUUGCCCAGAGUAGCAAUCUGAUCCACCACAACCGAAUACACACAGGUGAAAAGCCAUAUAAGUGCAAGCAGUGCCCCCAAGCCUUUGCUCAAAAUUCCUAUCUGAUGCAGCAUACUAAAAGGAAACACUGGUAA